UAAUGUAUUGAUUGUGCUACAGCAUCAUAAUAUUUUGUAACUAUGAGUUUAGUUUUUAAAAAAGUAAUACCUAUUAUAUACCGUGUGUUCAAUUUUAAAGGUAACAGGAAAUAUUUCGAACGCAUGACCUUUAAUUUGAUUCGGGUUUUUUUUGCAGGGUACAGGACAUAUACAUACAUAUGUUUUUCAUAAAUUUUAAUUUUUAACUUUUUUUAUCUGCGCAUGCGCAGUAAAAUAAAAAUUUCUUAAAUAAGAACCACCAUUUUUGACACUGGAUUUGGAUUGCUCUAUUUUUUUUUAGCAAUUUUGAUCUUUACAGUUUUUUGAUAUCUUCAAAAUUGACAUUUUUAAGACAGUCGAAAGUUUUAAAUUAGGUGAUUUGUAAUUAUAGUUAUUAUUAUAAUAAUUUAUUUUGAUUAAAACUACAAGGUGUAUUUAUUAUUACAUAAAAUUUAUAAAAAAAUAUCAUUGGAAUUUAUCGAUAAAUUAUACCUAAAAAUAUGUGAUUAAGAUAGAGCGCUGAAAUUGCGAUAAUUACAAAUCACCUAAUUUAAAACUUUCGACUGUCUUAAAAAUGUCAAUUUUGAAGAUAUCAAAAAACUGUAAAGAUCAAAGUUGCUCAAAAAAAAUAUAGCAAUCCAAAUCCAGUGUCAAAAAUGGUGGUUCCUAUUUAAGAAAUUUUUGCGCAGAUAAAAAAAGUUAAAAAUUAAAAUUUAUGAAAAACAUAAUAUGUAUUUAUAUGUCCUGUACCCUGUAAAAAAAAACCCAAAUCAAAUUAAAGGUCAUGCGUUCGAAAUAUUUCCUGUUACCUUUAAAAUUGAACACACCACGGUAUAUAUAAUGUAUCAUUUGUAUCUAUAUACAUCGCCACGAUGAUUUUAAUAUCGCAGUUUUAGGCCAUACAAUAUUUUUCCAUAAUAAUAGCCGCUUCACUGACUUUUUGUCAACCGUUCUUAUGUAUAUUCUGCGGGAGUGACGUAGGAUACACGAUAGCAACACCGCAAAACCGUCAUUGUAUCAUGAUAGGUAAUACAUCGAAUAUAAUAAAAGAGUUUAAAAGUGACCCUCCCGACGAGUAAUUAUUUUUUUUUAAUUAUCACCGGUUCCUCGAAAAUUUAUUUGUCGAUAAAAAAAAUUACCUAAAUUAUAUUACUAUUAUUCAAUUAUUCAAUUAUUUUAUACAAUUAAUCUAUAGUAUUAUUUUUAUGUUAUUCAUUUACUUAGGUCGAUAAAUUAUUAUAUAAUAAGUAUACUUAUACCAUCAUAUUAUGUAUUGUCGAAUCAAUAUUAAAUUAUUACUCCAUCGCAUCUAUCAUUUGUAGUUUAUUUUAUUUUUAUUCUUAAUGAAUUUCCUAGUCGCGUCAUAUUUGAAUUUCAAAUGUUGUAAGCUGAAUCAUGUCACAUUUAAGAGUUAGAUAUUAAAAUAUGUUAUUUGAUUAUAAUAUUUAUCCCUCUGCCGCUUUCAAUUUAUAGCCACGUAUAAAUAUGACAGUAUUGAAUAAAUAAAUACGAGUAGUAUCGAAUACAUAGUUUUAUAAUCUAAAAUCAAUAUUUAAUACAGUGAAAUGUGUACAUUUACUGUCAAUUAAUACUUGAAUUAAAUAUUUCACCUCCGUGGUCGGUAUAAUAUAUGAGGUUUCUACUGUCUACUAAAAAUUGUAAUCAAAAAUUAAUUAUUUGUAAAACAUAUUUAUUUUGGUUUUUUAUUGGUGGAUCUGCCAAAUUAAAUAUAAUAUUAUUAUUUAUGUUUUAUUUAUAAUGUAUAUACCUAACAGUUUUAUUUCAAACAAUAAUAUUUACAACUUUGUUUCUUUAUUGUACAGUUAAGUAUGCGUAUUUAGGACUUUAUAAUAUUGGUUUAUGAUUUUUAACCCGUUAUAUAUUAUUUUUUUAUUCAUAUUAUUACGUAUUUACGUUAAAUAAAAACAAAACUAUUUUUCAUUUUGACAUAUUAUAUUUUGCCUAUUUUUUUAUGCAUUUGUGUAAACAAUUGCGUGUUCAAGUUUAAGUAAAUAUUAAUUAUAAUAAACAUGUAUGAUGUAUGUACUUGUGUAAUUUAAUUAUUGUUACAUAACAAAUAGGCAUUUCUGAGGUAAUUGUAAAGUGUAAACCACUAAAUUGUGAUAUUGUGAUAUAUUGAUGUUGCAAAAAACAUUCAAAAUAUUAUUUUUUUGCUUUAUAGAUUAAUUGCUAUAUUAUAAACUAAAAACUCAUCAAUUUAUUAAAUGUUGACUUAUAUUUCUAAUUAAUUUUUAUGUUUAUAAUACAAUAAGCUUAAAAAAUGUUUUCCCAAAAUAAAGUGCAUAUAUACAAUACAUAUUUAUUAAUUUGUUUUAUGUACCACUAAGGGGUUUGCCUUUUGUUUGUUUCACUCUCCGUGACUAUAGUACAAUGUUAUCCGUCGUGUCCGACUGGAUGAUUGCUGUUGCGCGCGACAACGUGUAUGAUCUUAAGUUCCAUGAUAUCGAAUACCGAAGGAGAAUCGAACUUUUAGGUAAUGGUGAUUUUAUAUUUAAUCGGACAGGAGACCACCGAAGUGCACUAUCACGAUUUCUACGGACUCACAGUGAGAGACCACUGCACAUACAACAACGUAAAAAACGGUCUAGGGCCGCUUUCUCGCACACACAGGUGUUCGAGUUGGAACGGCGGUUCAACCAGCAGCGUUACCUAUCGGGCCCGGAACGUGCCGACCUAGCCCACUCGCUUAAGUUGACUGAGACUCAAGUGAAGAUAUGGUUCCAGAACAGACGGUACAAGACCAAGCGCAAGCAGUUGCAAGUGCCGUCCGGGAGCGGUGGAGGUGGCGGAGGCAGUCCGCCGGCCAAAAGAGUGGCGGUCAAAGUACUGGUCCGCGACGACGAGUGUCCCAAAGACGCCGUACACCAGACGUCAUCAGAAGCCUAUCACCGCCAGUCGUCCAGACACGGGUCCCAGGGCGCAGUGGCGGUGGCGGCGGCUGCUGCGGCGGCGGCGGCAGCUGCGGCUGCAGCUAGUGGCGAUUACCGAAUGCAGCAACUGUUGCAACAGCAACUGCACCAACACCACCGAAGCCAAGUGCACCAUCAGCGCCUCCACCGCGGCGACGACGAACACGCUUCCGUCACUUACCUUCACCCUCAAUCGACAUUCGGCAACGGGUUACAUCAUUUCCCUCCCGGCGCCGGCGCUGCUCCGUACUACUGUUACGAGUACGGUCCGGUAGUGGCGGCGUACCUCCAACAGGAACCCGGAAGUCGGGUGUCGUCCACGACCACGACGGACGAGCUGCAGGACACGUCCGACGCCGGCAGUGAGUGUUCCAUAAACGUCAUCGACGAGUGUCCCACGUCAACGACGGUCUCCGAAUGACGCGCGUCCGUGUGUUAAUCGACGAACGAUUCGCUAUAAUCAUAUUGCUUGGCCGUUUUGGGGUGAAAACAACUGUCGCGGAGAUGCAUUUCGGUUUUCGCGAUGCUGGUCUCGCGAAAUUGUCAAUAACACGGAGACGAUUUAACCCCUGAAAACAACAACCAUCUUCUGCGCGGCAUAUAAGAAAAGGUGGGACGCGUUACGCUCGUAACUUUCCACAAAUCCUAUUUUUUUUCACGUUUUUCGUCCAGUUGUCGUUUAAUGUCGUUCGUUAAUAUUGGCUAUGAUAUUAUUGUUAUAAUACUGUAGUAUUGCGGAAAAUAGAAUCAGAUUUUUUAUUUUUUUUUUUUUUUUUGUCUAUGAUUUUUAUUUUAUUUUAAACUACACGAUAUGGAAGUGAAUUUUUUUUUUUUUUUUUGAAACCACGUUGAUCGAUCUAUCCUCUUUUUAACUCUGUUUAUGCCUAUUUGUUUUAGAAUAUAAAAUUAUAUGAUAUUCUUCAAAUUUA